GGAGGGCGUGUGGGGUGGGCACAGGACUGCAGCCUGGAGCCUCGGCCCUGGUCUAGGAGGACAGGCCCAGCAGGUGUCAGGUGUGAGGCGUUCAGGCUGCCCUGGCACAUCUGCCACACUGGUGGUGACGGUGGCCUUUGUACUUCCCAAGAGCAGCUCCUCACAGCCUGAGGACAGGAGUAUGGCCAGGACAGGUCGGUUUCAUCUCCAGAUGCCAUGGUCAGUGGGCACAGGGCCUCCUCUCCAGGCUGGCCUGGGCUGCCCUCAGCCGGGUGCUGCAUCAGGCCCCUGUUCCUCCCUCAGUCUUUCCUUGCCUUUUAUGCCCCUGCCGGUUGAGAGAGACCGCCCUCACUUGCACCUGGCCUAUUUCCUGGCAGUGAGGCUUGGCUGUGGACUUUCAGCAGGAGACCUCUCACAGGUACUGUGUCCUGUGGGGUGUGACAUCAGGAGGCACACCUGCCAUCCUGGUCCACGUGGGUGUCGGCUGGUCACUCAGUGAGUAGUGUCUGUGGGCUCUUCCACCCCAGACCCCUCUCUGCCUUUGUGGCUGUUGGUGGGGGGGUGGGCACUUGGAGACUGAAUCCUUUGCUCAACAAAGUCUCGCCACUGGCAGCACCCACUGUGCCUACCGAGGACUCCUGAACACUGUCCUUUCACUCCCUCUCGUGGUGAUGAGCUGCUUCCUUCCACAGCACCAGCCCACACUCUCCCUUGAGGGCGCAUGUCCCUUAUUUGUCUCUGUGUCUCGGUGUAGACUCCUGGCUCCUGGGUUGUUCUUUAGAUUAUAAUCCGAUUCGUCAGAUGCUGAGCUGGUCCCGGAUGAGAGUCACUGUGUGUCCUCUCGCUUGGUCCCCUGUGCCUCUGAGCCCGGUGGGUGCUCCAGGUUUUGCUCCCUUCCUGCCUGGCCCUGGUUGGCUGAUGGCCAAGCACCCUGGCUCCUCCUAGUGGACAGUGGUGGAGGCACACAGGGCCGGGCUGCACAGGGGAGGUCACUCCCAGAGGGAGCUGGGACAAUGGGCUGGGCAGGUGCAUACACCUGUGUCUUUGUACCACCCGCCCACGACAUGAGUCCCACUGACCAUGGUCUCCAGAAGAGAUGAAGACGCCGCUCUCUCUGAAGAAGACUGGUCUCUGCUCCCAGCCAUGGAGGCACAGACCCGCUCCCCGCUGAGGCCACAGGCCCGUCCCUGCCAGCGUGACUGCGGAGUUGGUUUCUGGCUCCCUCCCCCUGGUGGUUCAGUUAUUUGGUGCUGGGAGACCCCUGUUGCCUAGUACACUGCUGUGAGAUGGGAAUACUUGCACGUGGCUGAGUACACCCUCAUCUCAGUGGCUGGUGGGUGAACACCUCUUGACAGGAGAGGAAGACACAGCGCAGCACGCAGCUGGGCUGACAAAGGGACAGCGGGAUCUGGGAUUGGGUGGCGCCACAGAACAUGUGCAAGUUGGCACCCCCCUGUGCUCUGCCUGGCUUUCUCUUCUUUCGGUGGCCUUGCACAGUGAGCCGCACACACUGUGACCACUGUGGGAGGGCACGCUGGCUGGCUGGCCCUCUCUGCCCACAUUUGCUGUGCAGCCAGCGGCCCUUGGUGAUGUCCUUGGCCCUUUAGGCCUUUGGCUGACAGCUCAGUCCCUGUUUCUGGUCUCUGUGCAAGAUUCUGCUAGGGAUGCUAUACUCAGAGUGUUCGGUCAGUCAGGGUUCCUCGAGCCCUGCUCUGUGCGAAGUGUUUUGUGCCAGUUCCCACCUGCUGCUGCAGCAGAUCACGUGAACCUAGUGGCUGUGCUAGAGGUCAGCAUCCAGAAGGGGUCUCACGGCCAGGGUCAGGUGCUGACAGGCUGGCUCCUUCUGGGGGCUCUAGGGACAACCCAGUCCUUGUCUUCUCUGGCCUCUGGAGCACCCGCAUCCCUGGCUCAUGUCCCCACCUCAGGUCAGCAGUGCUGCACAUCCCAGCCUCUUUCUGUGGCCCUCCCGCCUCCCCUGAUAAGGACCCCGAUCCACUGAGUGACCAAGGCCAUCUCCCAUCUCAUGGACCUCUUGCCAUGUGUGGUGACAUGCAGGUUUGGGGUAGGACGUGGACAACUUCAGGCUCUUUUCCUGCUGGCUCAGGAGAUGCAGUGACAGGCCCUGCCUCACAGAGCUUGUGUCUCAGCAGGAGAGACAGUUAAAGCUGCAGCCGCUCAGGGACAGGCACGCGGGGCAGCCCUCCCCCCAGGACACACCUGCCAGCACUGGGGUACACAGACAUCUGUGUUGUGUGCUCCACUGGUGUCCCAUAGGGUGAGUGACAGGGACAACAGUGCCCCCAGUCCUGGGCCAAGGGCUACUGCAUCCCCAGUGGGGCAGGGUCCUGGGCUGCUUGGGUCCUGGUACUGAGGAGGGGGGGUCAGGAGCCCCUGCUGGUCAAAUAAAAGAGUAUCCUGGCUGCCUUCAGCAAGCUCUCUGUUGCCAUGUUGAACAGUUGCAGUGAACAUCUUUUGAGCUUGUUUGGUUAUUAUGACAGAUUUCCAGAAAUGGCACCACAGGCAGGCAGCCCUCUGACCACCUGCUUCCGAUCUUUUCUAACAUCAGUGACGCCUCCCGUGGCCUCAUGUCAGCCACUCUGCUUCUCCAUUUUGGGGGAGGGGCGGUGGCUUGGCUGCCCUCACUAGAGGGGCCUCCCCUCCCCUGUGGUCAGUCAUCCCGUCGGCUUUAGCAGGAGCAGGCGGCUUCAGAAGAUCCCCCCUCCGCUUCCCUCCCCAGGCCUAGUGUAGCCCCCACCUUGCUGCGCAGGUCUGGGCUCCAGCCCACUGGCUCCCCUCACCUGUGCCACCCACCAACUAGCCUCCCUUAGUCCUGUGCAGGGAGGGAGGGGACAGUGCUGGGCACUGGAGGGGGUGCAGCAAUAUGUUUGCAGGGUGCUGGCUACAAGUCCCAGGCCAAGUGCUGCCCCUCAGGUGCUUGGCGGGACAAUCCCAGUCCCCCAGGAGACGAGCUGGAUUGUCACCGUGCCCACAGAUUAGAAGGUGGCCUGGCCCUGGCUCGGGUGUGGUGCCAGCCUCUGCCCUCUGCAUGCUGAAGUCUCCUGGAGGGACAGCCUCUGACUUGGUUUACCUUGAACCUGAAUCUUUGAUGAAGCACACCAGGGCACUUCAGACAUUAAUUGAUGUGCACUUUUCUCUUGCAGAAGCCAAAGAUGUUGACCAGAAAGAUUAAACUCUGGGACAUAAACGCGCACAUCACCUGCCGUCUGUGCAGCGGGUAUCUCAUCGACGCAACCACGGUGACCGAGUGUCUGCACACGUUCUGCCGGAGCUGCCUGGUCAGGUACCUGGAGGAGAAUAACACCUGCCCCACCUGCAGGAUCGUCAUCCACCAGAGCCACCCACUGCAGUACAUUGGUCAUGACAGGACCAUGCAGGACAUUGUUUACAAGCUGGUUCCCGGCCUGCAGGAAGCGGAAAUGAGAAAACAGAGGGAAUUCUACCACAAAUUGGGCAUGGAGGUGCCUGGAGACAUCAAGGGGGAGACUGGUUCUGCAAAACAGCACUCGGAUCCCCAUCGGAAUGGUGAAACCAAAGCAGACGAGAGCUCCAACAAGGAGACAGCAGAGGAAAAGCAGGAGGAGGACAGUGACUACCACCGGAGCGACGAGCAGGUGAGCAUCUGCCUGGAGUGCAACAGCAGCAAGCUGCGGGGCCUGAAGCGCAAGUGGAUUCGCUGCUCCGCCCAGGCCACUGUCCUGCACCUGAAGAAGUUCAUUGCCAAGAAGCUGAACCUCUCGUCUUUCAACGAGAGCUUCCUCUCCCGCCAGCUGGACAUUUUAUGCAACGAGGAAAUCCUGGGCAAGGACCACACGCUCAAGUUUGUGGUUGUCACGAGGUGGAGAUUCAAGAAGGCGCCGCUCCUGCUGCACUACAGACCCAAGAUGGACCUGCUGUGACACCACCCACGCGCCCGGGGCGUGAGCAGGCGCAGGACCUCGGUGCCGGUGGGUGGGCCCCGGCGCCCUGGGACCAGACUUCUGAAUAGAGGAUAUUUAUCACUUUUGUACGAGAGAGUCAUGCUCAGCCAGACACUACCAGCAGCGCGGUGACCAGGCAGCGACACUUCACAGGCUCGCGUCCCUCUGCCUCACAGUCCUGAGAACACGCGGUGCGUCCCUCCACAGCCUCGCCUGCUCUCCAGGUCUUCAGAAUCUCAGUCGUUUCGGUUUAGUUUAUGAAUUAGGCCUCAUGGUAAGCCUCAGAAAUACGUGUACGUUCACGGAAUCCUUACUAAGUUAUGGAAAAACACCCUUUCAUGGUGAAUGACGAUGACAUUGCCUUUAGCUUCCUGAAGACUCAGAAGAUCUAUAAAAAUUUAAUUUAAAAGCAAACCAAGCGAGGUUGCCAUUCAUAGUAUGUGUUAACAUGGUGUUUGAGGUCCCGCUGUGAAACCUGAGGAAGCCACGGCUCCCUCCCCAUGCUUGGGUGCAAACGCACACUUGGGCCUGACGCGGGCCUGCAGGACAGUCCUGUUAAAAGUCACUUUUGUGAAAUAGGGCACCGUUGUUCAGGGCCACCGCUUCAUCUCCUAGCCACUACUCCCCUUUUUCACUUUGCUGAGAGGGAGCUGGUGGCCUGCGGGGAGUUGCAGACACCACAUCUGUCCACCCAUUAAAGGGUGUUGCACCCGGUGUUCAUGGGGAGGUCUCACGAGCGUCGGGACAGGCUGCAGGCACCCGGGACAGUGACCCUGGGCCAAGGUGGCUCCUUCAGUUACUCCAGGACCUGGCACCAGCCACAGGCAACGCUCACUUUCUAGCCCUUUCUCCUCCCAAAUGUUAGUAUUUUUGUGAAAUUAGAGAGUAAACAUUUUGCCAGCACACAAACAUGUUUCCUUUAAAAUAGUCCCCUUGGACCGUGUGACAACGAGAUCCAGGAAAAAGACGCAUUUCCCGAGGUUACCGUGUUGUCCUGGAGCUGGGGUCACCGGUCACGCUCGCAUUCCCCACUGCCUCCUUGGUGACCUUUGCACUCCUCCCUGCACCAUCACCUGUCCGUCAGGCCCGAGGGGUCCUGGGGCCAUAGGACUGGGUUUUCCAUGAAGUGUUUCACUGCAGGGAUGAGAACUUUUUCUCCAGUUGGCUCCAGAAGUUCGGGCCGGGCUCAUGGACCUGCUCCUGUUCCAUGUAUGGAAAUGUCAGAAGCAGCUACUAAUGAGCCAUAAUUGCCGAGAAAAACAUUCUAGUUAAUUCUGUCCAAGUGAUUUUAAUAAGGCCUUUUAAAAGCAUCAAAACAGGUUGUUAGGAAUUGGUCAAAAUUCACUCUUUGUUUCAGCCCCGUAGCCCCCAGUUCUGUCCGGAGUGUCCAGUGACCUAAGCUUAUGUCCAUCCAAAUUGUUCCUACUUGCUCUCCGAGGUUUAGAGUAGGUGUGUGUGAGUAAAUAUGACCUGUCUACCUCAAAACGCACAUUACUGCUGGCGCCUCUGUAAACAUAAGGACCACGGUGUGGUCUCCACGCGGCGUGAGAUGUAGGGGUUCCCGUGGGGUGGGGUGAGGGCUGAGCAGAGUGAGUGUCCAAAUUCCAACAAAACGGUUCCAGCUCAGACUCGCCGAGAGCUCUGUGACUGUCUCCUGGUGUGCAUCUGCAACUUUGUAGCUCUCUUUGAAAUCACUUGAAUUUGCUAUGGUGCUAAGUUGAUACACUUAAAUACACAGAAAGGGGGAGGUGGGUCAGGCACGUCCACGCCACUGCCCGACCACUCCGGUGCGAUCCUGCUUCUGUAGCCACGGUGGCCUGGUGGGACCUCAGCAGCAGAAGUACCUAUUUUUCUAAGAUUUCCUCGUGCAGACAGCUCACGCAGGACGGUCCCCGCGACCUGCCUCUGGUCUGACUGCAGCCUCGUCAGGAUGCAGGGCCCGCGGCGGAGGGACGCGUGGGCCCCGUUAACUCUACAUCAGAGGCCGAAGUUCGUUUUCCCAGCGUGACGGUCAGGGGCACUAGAGACGGGUCCCGUCGGCUUUUGACAGUGGAGUUACUGUGAGGUCGUUUCACGUGAGGUGGUGUGGCCUGCGCACCCUUGGGCCGCCAUGGGACUCAGUGCGGCUUUCACAAAAACAGAAAAUUCAGAGAGAAUAUAUAAUAUGGAGUUUAAGAUUUGGGGGGUUAAAAAAGAAAAGUUAACUUUAUAAAAUUAUUUAUUCUAUUUUAAGCCUUCUAUCCUAUUUUCCCACCCAGCGUUUGGUUCUGUGGCCCCGCUUUAUUUACAGGCAUAUAAGAUGAAAUUGAGGUGUCCGCAAGCUUCCCCUUACUUUCGGUAGUUUUAUCCUGUGUGUUUUGUUUAUGCGGAUGAAGGACGUCGUUCAUGCUGUUCAUGCUUCUGUGCAAUAGGCUCCACGCGUGCCGUCGGGCGUCCAGGUGUCAGUGCGUCUCGCUACAUGGAAAGGGUGCGGGUGGAAUUUCAGCAUCUGUACACCACGCUGUUUGGUUUCCUCCCCCGUUGGGGCGAGGGUGCUGUUCUUGGGGCUGUGCUUGUGCUUGUCAGCAGUGUGUGUGGAUCAGUGGCCUGGCAGGUAGCCGAGAGGGGACCUGCGGUGGCGUCCUAGACCAGCCACCUGCGCCGUGGGCUGUGGCCUCUGACCCCACGUGCUCAGGCCCUGGGCACCACCCCAUGUUGACGGCGGGUGAUGGAGACACGUUCCCAGGCCCCAGGCCCUCAGGGCCCCUUGUUAGGCGUCCGUGGCAACCAUCCCAUUUCUCAGAGCACACAGCAGGUUACCCCACUGGUUUGAAGAGUGUCAUUGGGUCAAAUGUUCCAGGAACAAGCCAGCUGAUUUCUAUGCUAUCAUCAAUAUUUGAUGUGCUCUCAAAACAUGGAAAAUAACUUCAGUGCAGAUAACAAAACCAAUUUCUCUAUUUCCUCAGGAACCCACGUGCUCCCCAUGCAGCACCUGUGCCCUUAGCCCGGUAAAGUGUGUCUCUGCCUUGGCUAGAAGUAGAUGGAGGGAGUUGGGAUAAGUAGAUGAGAAGACGCUCAGGCCACCCUGUGGCCGGUAGACUGUGCCUGCCAGGCAGGGAGUACAGCCACGUGUCCCCAGGUGUCAGGGUGUCCCCCUGAAGUGUGCACAUGUCUGUUGCAACAACGUAUUGGGUGUAAGAAAACCACAUUUUCCCAGAUGGUGUAGGGUUUGGGCGGAGCUCGCCGCUAAGCCUGACGUCCCGUGUGGCGAUGUGGACACUGCCGUGGGUUAUGGGGAUGACAAUGCAGACACAUAUUUUGACUGUUUAAUUUGAAAGUUUACAUUUUUUAUGCUUUGUGUUGGUGUGUAAUUUUUGUACUAUUGGUGGCUAGUUUUUGUCUAAAAUCUUUUUUGGAAUAUUGCUUAAAUGUUUUGAUUUUAUGACAGUGAAGCUUGUAUUCAGUGUUUUGCCAAUUAAUAUUAUAUGCUUGUAAUAAAAGCAAAAGAAAAACUUAA